AUGGCACCCAGGCUGAAGCAACGAGUGGAACAGCAGUGGCCAGGAGUUCCAGUCACCAAAAUCCUGGACUUGCCUGAGAACCAAGAGGUUGCUGUCCUUGGGACGCUCUACAAGGAAAUGAAGCUGAAGCCUUCAAUCCUAAACGAAUACAACAAGGAGCGGGGGAUAGAGACGCUGACAGGGCAUACAGGCUUUGUCAGCGAUGAUGACAGCUUGGUGUUGGAGGAUGAGAGCGCACGCAUGGCGCUGCGUGGCAUCGAUGCCGGCCCGCUCGUCACCGGCGUGAUUGCCGCCGUGCGCGGUGUCUCAGCGGCCAACGGCGAGUUCCAUGUCAAGGACAUGCUGUUCAUAGGGCCGCAGCCGCAGCAGCCGCUGCCCGAGGCGACCGGCGACAAGUAUGUGGCGCUUGUCAGCGGCCUGAGCGUGGGGGGCGAGGCCGGGGAGCCUGCGCGCGUGGCGCUCCUUGUGGACUACCUCGCCGGCCUCCUGGGUGGCCUUCCAGAGCAGGAGCAGGUCGCGAAGGUGGUGCGGACUGUGAUAGCAGGCGGCCUGCUGCAGAGCAUGGAGGCCCUGGUGCAGGCUGCUCCCCAGGCCAAGCAGCGCCAGCAGACAGCCGCCCUUGUCCCCAUCAAGGACAUGGACAUGUGCUUGACACAGCUGGUAGGCGCCAUGGAUGUGGAUGUGAUGGCUGGGGCUACGGACCCUGCCAACCAUGCCCUGCCUCAACAGGCGCUCCAUCCCUGCCUGCUGCCGGGCGCCGUCACCUUCCCCACCCUGCACAGGCAAGCUCUGCUGGUGACGAACCCGCACGAGUUUGAGGUGGACGGAGUGACAUUCCUGGGCACGAGCGGGCAGAACCUGGAGGAUAUAGACCGCUACUCCACAGAGACUGAGCGGCUGCCUGUAUUGGAGCGCCUGCUGGAGUGGGGCCAUCUGGUGCCCACAGCCCCUGACACCCUAACAGCCUAUUCCUUCCCCGACCGCGACCCCUUUGUUAUUGACGCCGCGCCCCACGUGCUCUUCGCCGGCAACCAGCCCGCCUUCGCCACCCGCCUCGUUGAAGGGUUGGAGGGACAGAAGACACGCGUGGUGUGCAUUCCCAAGUUCUCCAGCAGUGGCACGCUGGUGCUAGUCAAUCUGAGGACUCUCAAGGUGCAGCCGAUCACCUUUGACACCCGCAUGGACGUCUGA